AUCCUCUAAAGGAAUUAUAAAGGGAAUUUGUUGAAAUGUUGUAGUAAUUGGGGCUACAUGUAAACCCUCCAACUCUGAAUUAGAUAAUUUUAUAGGUUAUGACCCCUUAUGUUUACAUAUGAUGACUUCUUGCUGAAAAGGGAGACAAACUAUGAGACAGACAAAUCAGACACAAGUGGCAGAAUUCCUUCUUCUAGGACUCUCUGAUGACCCCAACACCCAACAGUUGCUAUUCACCUUAUUCCUGGGUGUCUACCUCGUCACAGUGCUUGGAAAUCUGCUUCUUGUGUCCCUUGUUCAGGCUGACUCCCAGCUUCAUACGCCCAUGUACUUUUUCCUCUGCAACUUGUCUGUGGCUGACCUCUGUUUCUCUACAAACAUAGUUCCUCAGGCCCUAGUCCACCUACUUUCCAGAAAGAAGGUGAUUUCAUUCACACGAUGUGCAGCUCAACUUUGUUUUUUCCUCAUUUUUGGUUGUACACAGUGUGUCCUUUUGGCAGUGAUGUCCUAUGAUCGGUAUGUGGCAAUCUGCAACCCUUUGCACUACUAUAGCAUCAUGACCCGGAGGGUGUGUAUCCAGUUGGCCACAGGAUCAUGGACCAGCGGCAUUUUUGUGUCUGUGGUGGAUACCACUUUCACCCUAAGGCUGACCUACAAAGGCAGCAACAGGAUUGCUCAUUUCUUUUGUGAGGCCCCUGCAUUGUUGAUUCUGGCAUCCACUGACACUCGCACUUCAGAGAUGGCCAUUUUCUUCAUGGGGGUUGUGAUUCUUCUUAUACCUGUUUCCCUAAUUCUUGUAUCCUACAGUUACAUCAUAGUGACUGUGGUCAAGAUCAAGUCAGCUGCAGGAAGGCUCAAGGCACUUUCUACCUGUGGUUCCCACCUUAUGGUUGUCAUCCUUUUUUAUGGAUCAGGAAUCAUUACCUACAUGACACCCAAAUCUUCUAAACAGCAAAAGAAACUGGUGUCUGUUUUUUAUGCAGUGGUAACCCCCAUGCUUAAUCCCUUAAUCUACAGCCUGAGAAACAAGGAUGUGAAGGGAGCACUGAGGAAAGUAGCUGCAAGGAAUUUCCCAAAUAGGCUUGAGGACAUUCGCUGACUCAGAGACCUUUCUGACUUCCUACAUGUUAAACUUGCUGGGUAGUCUGAUUCCUUGAGGAACUGUAUGUGUUAAGACUCUCUUCCUUGAGCCUUGUAUAU